AUGGGUGUUCCAUCGUUUUUUCGGUGGUUAUCGAGAAAGUACCCAAAGAUUAUAUCUCCAGUACUAGAAGAGCAUCAAGUUGUUGAAGAUGGAGUUAAGUUACCGAUUGACUAUUCGGCCCCAAACCCCAAUGGUGAGCUAGAUAACCUAUAUCUCGAUAUGAAUGGUAUUGUGCAUCCAUGUUCGCACCCAGAAAACAAGCCACCUCCAGAAAAUGAAGAUGAAAUGCUUCUUGCUGUGUUUGAAUAUACAAAUCGUGUCCUUAACAUGGCCAGACCUAGAAAGGUUCUUAUGAUAGCUGUGGACGGUGUUGCUCCUAGAGCUAAGAUGAAUCAGCAGAGAGCACGUAGAUUUCGUAGUGCUAGAGACGCGAAACUUCAAAAUGAGGCUCGUGAACAAGUUCUCAGAGAGAGAGAAGAUUAUGGUGAGGUAAUUGAAGAAAGCGUUAAAAAUAAGAAGACUUGGGAUUCAAAUGCAAUUACCCCCGGUACUCCAUUUAUGGAUAAGCUGGCUACUGCCCUUAGAUACUGGACCAGUUUUAAGCUAGCUACAGAUCCAGGAUGGAGAAACUUACAGGUUAUUAUAAGCGAUGCAACUGUUCCCGGUGAAGGUGAACAUAAAAUCAUGAACUUUAUCAGAUCACAGAGAGCAGACACUCAGUAUAAUCCAAAUACUACACACUGUAUAUACGGUUUGGAUGCAGAUUUGAUCUUUUUGGGUUUAGCUACUCAUGAACCUCAUUUCAAGAUUUUAAGAGAAGAUGUGUUUGCUAACAAUAACUAUAAGAAACCUAAACCGCAUAAUAUGAUAAACCUUUCUGAAGAAGAAAAACAACAACUCAUUCAGCAAGACUCUGAAAAGCCAUUUUUAUGGCUUCAUAUCAGUGUUUUAAGAGAAUAUCUAGCUGCGGAAUUGGCUAUCCCACACUUAUCAUUUCAAUUCGAUUUUGAACGGGCAAUAGAUGAUUGGGUGUUUAUGUGUUUCUUCUGUGGUAACGAUUUCUUGCCUCAUUUACCAUGUCUUGACGUGAGAGAAAAUAGUAUCGACAUUUUAGUCGAUAUAUGGAAGAACAUCCUACCUAGAAUGAAAACAUAUUUAACUUGCGAUGGUAACUUAAACCUUGAACCGGUGGAAGCAUUGCUCGGACAAUUGGGUGAGCGUGAAGGUGAUCUCUUUAAAAAGAAAUAUAUUCAAGAAGUUCGUAAGCAAGAAGCUUUUGAAAGAAGAAAGAAGUUAAAGAAUAAUCCAAACGUCACUAAGGGUAAAGUUGAUAGGAACUUCAUGAUUCCACUUGAGAACAUGCCAGUGUUUGAUGUUGAUGGGAAUGCAGCCGAAGGCUCAUUGAAUUUAUCUAAUAAAGAUUUCGCUAACAUGCGUAAAGAAAUGAACAAAGCUAAUGAAGGCGAUGAUGAAGCUGCUAAAGCCUUAAAGGAAAGAAGUGAAAAAAAUAACGGGUCCUCAGAAUUUUCAACAGAAGAACUGGACAAUAGCAUUCUAUUAUCUAAAUCAGCAAAUUAUGAUACAGCUACCUCACUACAGGAAAAGUUACUUUCGAAGAAACUAGCUAUGAAAGAAGAAGAAGAAACUAAUUUGAAACGGAAAAUUGAUGAAAUUAACACACCAGAGGAAAGUGAAUCUUCGAACGUUGAAGAUGACUUAGAAGAGGAAGAAGAAUCUUCUGUUGUUCCUGAAGUAGUACAUACGGGCACUGUGAAGUCGGGUUUUGUUGAUACAGAUGAAUCUGUAAAACUAUACGAAUCUGGUUAUCAUGACCGCUACUAUCAACAAAAAUUUCAUGUCUCGGCAAAGGAUAUUCCAGCUUUACAAAAAGACGUUGUUAAGUGUUACGUAGAGGGAAUAUCAUGGGUUUUACUUUAUUAUUACCAAGGAUGUGCAUCAUGGACUUGGUACUAUCCUUACCAUUAUGCGCCUUUUGCUGAGGACUUUGUUAACAUCAAAGGCUUAGAUAUCAAAUUUGACCUGGGUGAACCAUUUUUACCAUAUGAGCAACUAAUGAGUGUUUUACCUGCAGCUUCUGGUCAUGCACUUCCAGAAAUAUUCAGACCUCUAAUGUCUGAUCCAAAUUCGGAGAUAAUAGAUUUUUAUCCAGAGGAAUUCCCUGUAGAUAUGAACGGUAAAAAGAUGGCGUGGCAAGGUAUUGCUUUGUUGCCUUUUAUUGAUGAAAAAAGACUUCUUAAGGCUGUUCGUGAGCAAUAUUCAAAACUUACAGAUGCUGAAAAAGCUAGAAAUGUUAGGAAGAAAGAAGUACUUUUAAUAAGCAACAAAAACGUUAAUUACGAUCUUUUCAUAAAGAACUUGUACAGCGAAAAUCCUGUCGAAGUUCUAGAAUUCAAACACUUCAAGUCUGGGCUUAGUGGAUUUGUAUCACAAGAUGAGGAGGGUUUCCAAUUGAAUUCGAAGUUAAUGUGCCCUAUAAAUGAAGGAGGUUUGCCCGAUUUAAGCACAAAUUUAUUCUUAAGAGUAGCAUACACAAUGCCUAAGAUUGUUGAAAAGUGCAAAUCUUUGAUCUUGAAUGGGUAUAUUCCUCCACAACCUAUGCUCACCCCACAAGAUCGGGACUGUAUUAUGUAUAAGUACAGUAAUCGUUGGAACCCUUCAAUGAUGAAGUACAAUAUCGUUCCAGUUGGUCCCUAUGGAAUUACUCAAUAUCAACCAAGAGUUGGAGGGUAUCGAAGCUUCUUCUUCCACAGAGAGCAAGUAAACAACACUCAGCAGCAUACCUCCCAUAAAACACAAUACUAUGCGCAACAAAAACCUCAGGCAAGCAGAUAUCAACAAUCUAGGUUUAACGGUGGGAACUACAGAAACAAUUAUAAUAACAACGGCAAUAGUAACAAUAACGGCAAUAACGGCAGUAGGUAUUCUAACCACAAUGAUCACAGAAGGGGUUUCAGAAAUUAA